CAAUGCCAGACAUGGGGAAUCGUGAUGUGCAAGAGACACUUUUGUUUAUGCAGAUGCAUGAGGCAGGAAUCUCUAUAGGGAUAUUAAAAAAAUUGAAGAGGAAGACGAAGACAUCUCUAUUCUAGUGUUAUUUUCUUCUCACUUACCCCAGUUUUAUAAAAGUGCAUCUCGGUUGACUUCAGUGCAGUUAUUUCCAAUCUAUGCUGGGAUGAAACCAACAGCAAACAAACGCCAGGGCAAUCAAACGAUCAUCACAGAAUUUGUCCUCCUGGGAUUUGGGAAUCUUCCUCAACUGCAAACCCUUCUCUUCAUGCUCUUUCUAGUGAUCUACAUUGCAACCAUGGCCGGGAACAUCAUCAUCAUAGCACUAGUUGUGGCUAAUCAGAACCUUCACACCCCCAUGUACUUCUUCCUGGGGAAUUUGUCCUGCUUGGAGACCUGCUAUACCUCCACCAUCCUGCCCAGGAUGCUGGCCAGUCUCCGGACUGGAGACAGAACCAUUUCAUUUGGUGGCUGCAUCACACAAUUCUAUAUUUUUGGUUCUCUGUUAGCUACAGAAUGCCUUCUUUUAUCUGUGAUGUCUUAUGAUCGGUACUUAGCAAUAUGCAAGCCACUACAUUAUUUUGCUCUUAUGAAUGGACGGUUCUGCCUCCAGUUGACUGCUUGCUCUUGGGUAAGUGGAUUUCUGGCUCCUUUGCCAACAAUGUUACUAAUGUCACAAUUCACUUUCUGUGGCCCCAAUGAACUUGACCAUUUCUUUUGUGAUUUAAGCCCAGUAAUAAAACUGGCCUGCAGUGACACCCACAUGCUGGAUGUUACUGCUUUCAUACUCUGCUCCAUAUUCACACUGCCUCCAUUUCUAUUGACCCUGGCAUCCUAUGUUUGUAUCAUCUCCACCAUUCUGAGAAUCCCGUCCACCACUGGGAGGCAGAAGGCCUUUUCUACCUGCUCCUCUCACCUCAUUGUGGUGACAAUUUUCUAUGGGACUCUAGUCAUUGUGUACCUGCUAUCAGACUCUGAUGCAUUGAGAGAUCUGAACAAAAUAUUCUCUGUUUUCUAUGGAGUCCUGACCCCAUUGGUCAACCCCCUCAUAUACAGCCUGAGAAACAAGGAGGUGAAAGUUUUCCUCAAGGCUUCCAUCAUUAGAUUUUUUGUCUUUUGCAAGAAAUCAGAUAUUUCUAGCUAAUACAUAAAAUGGGCCAAUCAUGAGGAAAUGAUCUUACAAACUUGAAUCGUUUGUGUAGCCAGUAUUAUUCUCUAUGGUCCCAUUGAACUGAUGACUCUCAGGAUCAGGAUUCCCUUAAUCCAAAGGUGGAGUCUGGGUGUUACAUACCUCUGGCCAUCUGCCAGAAUUUGGGGAAAAUUAGGAGAAGAAGCCAAAUCCUGAGACAAGCACUGCACCACCCUCCCAUUCUAUUGUUUGGAGAAUAACAUGUCUCCUCCCUGAACUUUGAUUAUUUAUUCUGAGUGUGGAUAACUUUUCAAGUAAAUAUCUUAAUUAGUUCUUGAGUAU